AUGGAUAGACCAUGGGGACUAGUGUUCAUCUGGGUGCUGUCACCCUUGUGGAUUAGUCUCUUCUCGGGGUCCCAUUUGGUGCUCGGGAAGGCGGAGCUCACCUGGACCAGGAGAGCGGCGGCGGAGGCGGAGGCGGUGGCGGCCAUCUCCUGCUCCGGGCAUGGCAUGGCCUUCGUGGACGGGGUACGCGAUAAUGGAAGGCCGGUGUGUGAGUGCAACAACUGCUACUCAGGGCCGGACUGCUCGCAGUUCCGGCCUAAUUGUUCUGCUGACGCUACUAGGUUUGUGCCGUCACCUCUAUCCCUCAAGAAGCUCUUUUGACUUAGAGUGUGUGUGUGUGUGUGUGUGUGUGAGAGAGAGAGAGAGAGAGAGAGUAUUCUUGCAGGGAGGGUCGUCUUUUGUUUAUCUCUCAUCGCAGGAUGAAUAUUCUUUCAGUGGAGAUCCGCUGUUUCUCCAGCCCUACUGGAGGCGCCACGCGGAGGGUAGCGCUGUCGUGAUUUCGGGGUGGCACCGGAUGAGCUACGAUGCGGACGGGAGACCUUACAUGACCCUGGAGCUUGAACGGCACAUCCGCCUUCUCCACAAGCUCGUCGGCAACGCCGCCGCCGAAGGAAAGCAGAUAGUAUUCGGUGCCGGAUCGACCCAAUUGCUCAACGCUGCCCUCCACGCCCUCGCCCCGGAUAAUUCCUCGUCGCCCUCCAGCGUCGUCGCCACUGUCCCUUACUACCCUGUGAGAAUUCCCUGCUUUUAACUUGCUCCCACACACACGGAUCAUCCGAUUCUCCUCCUCCUCCUCCUCUGUUUUCUGCUUAUUCUUACCCUCCUAGUGGGAUUUUCUUCUCCUCCUUCUCUUCUACUUUUCUUUGCGAGUUCUACGCCAUCUUCUCCUCCUUGUGGGUUCCUGCUGCUUCAUCUUGCAGGCUCUUCUAAUUCUCCUUGUGGCCUCUUCUUCUUCUCCUUCUUCACAGGCUUACCAGACCCAGACGGAGUACUGGCGAUCCAAAGUAUUCGAGUGGAAGGGAGCCACAGCCGAGUGGCUGAAUUCAACCGAAGCCUCCACAAAGGACUUCAUCGAGUUCGUGACCUCCCCGAACAACCCGGACGGCCGAUGGCAGGCCCCAGCCCUCGCCGGCUCGGCCGUCAUCCACGACCGCGCCUACUACUGGCCUCACUACUCCGCCAUCAAAUCCCCCGCCGACGACGACCUCAUGCUCUUCACUCUAUCCAAGAUCACCGGCCACGCCGGCAGCAGAUUCGGGUAAUCCCCUCAACUCUUCCUCGGCAUUUCAGCUUCCUACUCUGGAUCACCGGAUUCAAUCCGCCGUUUUUUUAUCCCACAGUUGGGCGCUAAUCAAGGACGUGAAGGUUUACAACAAGAUUCUGCAGUACAUAGACACCGACACCCUGGGAAUCUCCCGCGAAACCCAGCUGAGGGCUCUCAAGGUCCUCAAGCAGACGAUCUCACAGAUCAAGAAGAGUGAAGACAUGUUUCGAUUUGGGUAUUCUCAAAUAAGGAAUCGGUGGAUUAAACUCAACGCCAUCGUCUCCUCUUCCGACCGCUUUUCCCUGCAGAAGCUCUCCCCAGAGUACUGCAACUACUUCCGCACCACCAGGGACCCUUCUCCAGGUCAGUGACCAUCUCUCUCUCUCUCUCUCUCUCUCUCUCUCUCAAAGUACUGACUCCCCUGGGGCGCAGCUUAUGCGUGGGUGAAGUGCGAGAGGAAGGCUGAUGAGGACUGCUCAUCGGCGAUAAGGGCGGGGGGAAUCAUCCCACGGGCGGGGACCCUCUACGGAGCAGACAGCCGCUACGUCAGGCUCAGUCUCAUCAGGUCGCAGGACGACUUUGACCAACUGUUGACGAGGAUGAAGGCGCUGACUGCCCAGUAA